UCAUAAUUGGUACUGGCUGUGAAAAUCUUAGUAAAUCGAAAAUAAAGAAAUAUUUUAUGAGUACAGCAAUCAACAACAAACAUGUUUGGACUACUGUGUCGAGCUCAGUGCUGAACGAGUCCGACAAGAACGAAACGAUCAAUUUCCAUGCUGUGCUACCGAGUGCAGCACUAAUAAACAACUUCACAGUGUCAUACAAAGAUAAGAAUUACUAUACCGGAGUGGAAAAACACACAACGGAUCACAAUGUUACAAUAAACGAUACGAUCGCCAAGGGAUUUCAGGCAUCGGACACCAAUGUUUUUGUGUAUUCUGUAAUUGUUGAACCGCGGUGUGAAAUAUCGUUUGAACUAGUUUACGAAUAUGUGCUGACAAGGAAACUGGGUUUUUACGAGAACGUACAAACCGUGUUAUUCGGUCAGAUUGCAUGCGACCUACAAGUGAGUGUAGACAUUAAGGAUGCGUGUGACAUAACGUUUUUGAAAGUGUCCAAAGCUCAUAAGGCAUAUAAAGGACAAGAGUACGAUUCAGUGAAAGUUUCGCAUUAUUCGAACCAGCAUACGACCAUAUUGUGGGCGCCCAACGAAAAUGAACAGUUUGAAUUUUUAGAAAAUAACCUUUUGACCCAACUCGUUGUUCGGUACGACGUCGAUCACGAGUCCAUGCCGAAUUUACUCCUUCAAAAUGACGAGUAUUUCGUUCACUUUUUUGCACCCAGCAAUCUAAAACAUUUUAGAACACAUGCUAUAUUUGUUUUGGACAUGAGUUCUUCUGUGGGUGAACUGAAGUUGUCGCAAAUUAAAAGUGCAAUGAGAAACAUAUUAUCCGAAAUGAAACCGGAAGAUUACUUCACUUUGAUCGUUUAUUCGGGAAACACAAGAAUUUGGGCGGUAAACUCGAAGGAGCAUAAAUAUAAUGAACUGUCCUUUAAUGAUGUAAUAUUUGAUGAUAAAGACAAUGCUGAAAAUUUGUUGAAACGCUAUUUGGAAGACAAUACGACAUUAAUUCCGAUCGAGGCAAACAAAAACAAUAUAAAUGAAGCGAAAAAAUACAUAAACCAGUUAGAAUCAAAGGAGCGGACCAACGUAGGAUUUGCGUUAAAUGCAUCACUAAUUAUUGCUCAUGAUGGAUUCGUUAAUUACAAAAUACAACAAUCCGACGACACUAUAAAACCGAUUAUUUUCUUUCUAUGUGAAGGAAUACCUAACGAUGACGAUCAACAAGAACUAAUAACUUCACAUUUAGUGCCACUUAACCAUGCAAACUAUUCAAUAUAUUGUUUCGAUUAUGACAAAACGAAAAGCCUCAAGUUCUUAAAAGCUAUAUCUUUUCGUAGCAACGGCUUCACAAAGAUAAUUUAUCACAAAUCCGACGCUGCUGUGCGGAUAAAAAAUCUCUACAAAGAAAUAUCUACACCUCUUUUGUCCGAUAUCAGUAUCACAUAUGACAAUAGUCAACCAAAAUUCGUAACGACCACAUCAUUCAAGUAUUUCUUUAAUGGGUCCGAACUGAUGGUUGCUGGAAAAUUAAAGAAUCCAAAUAAUAAAAUUAACUGUUCAAUAACAGCACAGGCAUUUCAACGCAAGUGCUUUGGUCCAUGUUACACGGAAUUAUGUCGAGGUCCUGAGAAAAAAGAACAACGUGAUGUGAUAAAAAGAUUCUUUGCUUGUAUGCAACUAAAACAUUUGAUAGAUCAAUUUGAAAGCACAGAAAAAACGGAGAAAAAAAAAGAAAUCAGAAAUGCAUUUUUAAAUCAUACUAGAGAAUUCGGGUUUAUUACUACAUUGAUUCAAGGGUGUCAAUAUGUUAUUCCCAACAUACCGCUUUCUUAUUCGAUAAAAAUAUUUGAUGUUGAAAAUAAUGGAACACACUAUUAUGAAGAUCAAUUAAUAGAGAAAUUAAUUUAUGAGUACAAGAAAAAUCACAAUGACAAAUCAAAUGUUAAACAAAUCAAUGACAAUCAAACUAUUAGCAACACUAACACACAAUCAACCGUAUCAUACAAUGCAAAGUUUUAUUCAUUUCGUUCUCAAUCGUCCACACAUGAAAAUUUUGCAAUGGUGUCUCAUGGUUAGAAAUCAAUGUCACUGAUUUCAUAAAUAAAAAUAAUACAAUUUUGUCAACAAUUAGAAAAUUAAGUGUUUUGUAUUAGUAUUUUG